AUGGUGACUAGGAGGGAGGACAAGCAGCUGUCGGACCUGGGAAGCUGCGUCAGCAAGGUACGCCGUACCAUCAACGGCAAUCUUCUGCUGGAGGUGGCCAAAGAUAGUGCGGAGAGCGCUGAGGCCAUGAAGGAGAGCAUCGCGCGGGUCCUCGGCGAUGUAGCGUCAGUGCGUGCCAUGACGGAGGAUAACAAGGUGGUAGUGCUGGAGAUACGCGAUCUCGACUCCCUCGCGACGGAGCGGGAGAUCUGCGCCGCUAUCGCGAGCCAAUUUGGAAUUGAGGAGAGACGAGUGAGAGUGCGGAGCCUGCGCCGCAGCUACGCAGAGUCACAGAUGGCAGCGGUCAGCUUGCCUUUCUUCUUGGGCAAAGCCGUCCUACAUCGCGGUGAGGUGCGGAUCGGUUGGACCGUCUGCAGGAUCCGGGAGAGAGAAGGUCUCCCAAGGUGCUACCGAUGCCUGGAACCCGGGCACAUUGCGGGUAACUGCAAGAGCACGGUGGAUAGGAGCGGCUUCUGCAUCAAAUGCGGAGAGCAGGGGCACAAGGCAGCCGAGUGCAGCAAUGAGCCAUCAGCUGCGCAGGAUCUCCUGGAGCAGACGGUGCGCGAACUGGGUUCGGAGGUGGCAAUCCUCAGCGAGCCUUAUAGGGUGGGCAGCAGCAGCGAAUGGGCCACGGACCGCUCUGGCAAAGCGGCCCUGUGGCUCUGCGGGGCGGAGGCGCCACAGAUGCGCGACACAAAGUCGGCAGAAGGAUUCGUCCGUGCGAGUGUAGGCGGCAUCUGGCUAUAUAGCUGCUACUUGGCACCUAGUCUCUCGCUGGAAACAUUCAGCCGGAUACUGGAUGAGCUGAGUAGCGACCUGCGAGGACGGAGCAACGUCGUGGUCGGGGGCGAUUUCAACGCCUGGGCCCAGAAAUGGGGGUCCUCCCGAACAAAUGCCAGAGGCCGCACGGUGCUGGAGGCUUUCGCCUCUCUGGAUGUAGUCCUGCUCAACGAAGGGUCCCAGCAGACCAUCAAAAGGGCAGGCGAAGGGUCGGUAAUCGACCUAACAUACGCCAGCAGCUCGCUGGCACGCCACGCCCGAUGGUGGAUCAGCGAUGUCUACACCGCCAGCGACCACGAGGCCAUCGAGUGUUCGGUAGGCAUGCCCCGGCGAGGGGGUGGGACUCCACCCCGGCAGAGGAAGGCGUACCGGCAGGACACCCUGAGGGCGGAGUCCUUUGUAGGCACUCUGGAGAGCUACACGGCAACCGAGACUGAUGGAGCCAACGAGAGGGCGAACAGACUGGCUGCCGCAGUGGAAGGUGCCUGCGACCAGAGCAUGCUUCUGAGGCGGUCGUUCAGGAAGCACCACGCCCCGGUGUUCUGGUGGAGUGAGGAGAUUGCAGAACUGCGCAGAACGUGCCUCCGCGCCAGAAGGCUACUGCAAUGUGCCAGGGGCACUUCGCGCCUAGACCCCUGCAUCGAGCGCUACAAAGCGGCGCGGAAAGAGCUGAAGAACAGGGACAGCAAACGGGAGUGCUUCCUCAGGCUGUGCGACGCAGCGGAAGCAGAUCCCUGGGGAUGCGCCUAA